AUUGUCGCCAAAUCAGAAGCCUAGCUUCCGUGAGGCACAACAGGGCCCAUGCGGGACACUGACCGGAGGCAGAGGAGGUCUGAACUGCCUAGCCUGGAAUAUGAAAGCCACGCCCAUCCGCAUUCCAACCGUUAACAAUGACACCGACUGGGACUUCUGCUUCCACCUGUCACAGCAAACCAGGAUCCCAGCACAACAGACAGACAAGUUGUUUACUACUGUAAACAACUAUGGAGAGACUGAAGAAGACAUGACCGUGCAGGAAGAAGAGACAGCUACUGACUGUAUGUUCGUUCAGAAAGACGGGACACUUGACUGUAUGUCUUUUCCAAAGCAGAAAUUAGCUCAGUCCCAGAGGAAAAUUAACCACCUCAUUAAGGAAAAAAUGAAUACCAAAGCAAACAAGGAGCUGAUUCGGUGCUUCAUCCUUUCUCAGAUUAUUUUUGGAAACGAACACUGGAAAUGUGCACGGGCUUUAGCCAACCUGGCUUAUGGUUACCUGACACUGAGAGGCCUCCCAGCUCAGGCCAAGAAACAUGCUCAGUCGGCCAAGAGCACACUGCUCUCCUGGAAGCAAAACACGACCUCGGACAUGGAGCGAAAGGAAAUCCUAGAAGCUCUUGUUGUGCUCUACUAUACCUUGGGGAUAGCCUGGCUCCUACAAAAUCAUGGCAAGCGAUCCUAUAUCCACCUGCAGAAAGCAGAGAGAAACAUGAAGGAACUGGAAGAGUUAAACAAGGGAAGCAUUUGUGAAAUCCAAGUCUCAGAGAAAGACCUAACCAUUGCUUUGGGCAGAGCCUCCUUGGCUACACACAAGAUGAACCUAGCUCUUGCAUAUUUUGAAAAAGCAAUUGGCAAUGUGAUCGUUACCAAAGGUCAUGGCACAUCUGAUCUGAUCAGUUUGUAUGAAGAAAUUGCCCAGAUUGAGCAGCUGAGGAAGAACCAUGAGCAGGCCAUCCAGUAUCUGCAGCAGGCCUAUUCUAUCUGUGUCUCCUCAUUUUCUGAAGUCAGCCCCCAAACUGCUGAGGCGAGUGCUUUACUAGCUAAAGCUUAUGCCAUGUCCGGAGAAUCCCAGCACAGGGAUGCUGUUGAGAUAUAUUUUUUAAGGAGUAUUAGUACAUAUAAAACACUGGGCUCAGAAAACUAUGACACUCUUACUACCAUUGAAGACUUUUGUAUAUGGCUCAUCCAAAAUGGUGAAAAUCAGGAGGCUUACAGACUGCUAAUGUCUACACUGAAUUCUGACAGCUAUGGUGACUGUUGUGAAAAAGUAGCUGAAACCUUUUAUAACAUGGGCAGCGUCUGUUUUGCCAAAGGAGAACUUAGAAAGUCCAUUCAGCUGCUAAGGAAGUGUCUGAUGGUUCAGAUUCUCAUCUAUGGAAAUGAGCAUACUAAGAGCAAGAAGACUAAAACCCUUCUUUACCUACUGCAGAGGGUCAAUUCAGCCAAAUGGAAAGGGGAAGCCAUUCCAGGAAGAAAGAAAAGUGUAUGCAGAAACUGA